AUGCCUAUAUGUAUCGAAGUCAGCACAAGGCAUGUUCGACAGGCAGUGAUUCCGUUAGCUAUCGGCAUGUGCUUCAAGUGGGGCUUCCAAGUGAUGCAGAUGCCUCAGGGAGGACAAGUGUUUCAAACGGCUUCUGGACAAAUAUUGACUCUUCAAACCCUGCAGACCGGUGCCCAAACUGGGCAGAAUGGAACACAGAAUUCUGCGGUUGCACAACAAAUGCAGCAGGUUCAAAUGCUGCCUCUACAAGCGAUGCAGGGAGGAGGACAACAAUUCAUCAUUCAACAGCCUCACCAUACCGGCACGCAGUUGAUACCAGUGCAAACUCAAGAUGGACAAACAGUCUUUUAUCAAACCAUGACCGCUGAACCUCCUCAGUUGAUACAAGCACAGCCUCAGAUGAUCAGUAUUGGUGGGCAGUUGGUUCAACUUGCCGGUAUUCCUGGAGGAGGUGGAGCUCCUUUGCUCACUCUUGGAACACCCACCCAGAGUCAGGGCCAGCAAACGAGUCCCGGAUCUAAUGUGUCCCCUAAUUCAUCCGGCAACGUUGUGGUGAUGAUGGGUGGAAUACCGCAACUCCAAAGGCUUCCCAUGGUCAAUCCGCCGACUCCCGAACCGGUGGAAGAAGAGCCUUUGUAUGUCAACGCAAAGCAAUAUCAUCGUAUCUUGAAACGUCGACAAGCUCGAGCAAAAUUGGAGGCUGAAGGGAAGAUUCCAAAGGAACGCCGAAAAUAUUUACACGAAUCGCGACACAAGCACGCGAUGAACCGUAUUCGAGGCGAAGGAGGACGAUUCCACACCGGAUCUGUUCGGCAAAUGCGCUUAGAGGCCGAGAGGGCAGCCAGAGAAGCAGCAGAAGCGAAAAAGCGUGAUGCUAAGGCCCCCAACAACCCGUCGAAGCCACCCCAAAGGCUUCUUCCGGCCCAACCGGACAUGAAGCCUAUUUCCGUUUCGUAUUCGAGCCCAAGCUUCACGUCGUCGUCGUUGAUGACUUCCCAGAAGUCGACCAGCACGAAAACGGCUGUGGCGGCUGCGAUAGCUGUUCUAGAUCGUCAUUCUGCGACGAACCCGUCAAACGUUAGCUUCACGACGUCGUCUACGCCGAGAAGUACGAAAUCCGUGGUGACUUUGGAGGUGAGAUGAAAGUGUGCUUUUGUUGCUUGGUGUGUAAAGCUAUUCAGUGUGGUAUGUUAUGUUUUAACGCGGAUGGAAUCUCCACUGAGUUUUUUGAUCGCAGCGCCGAAGCAGCCGUGUGCUCUUCUUUGUCCCCACUUGUCUGGCUCGGAAUUGAUGUGCGUUAGGAACCCAAAACUUGUAACCGAACAGUUGAAUGCGUCCUAGAACACCGCGUAAAGAAAACUGCCGAAUAUCGAACAGUGCUUGUGCAACUGUCACUGAUGCAACGUUUGACGCCUUGGAAGUUUUUCUGAGCAAGAUAGCUUUAUGCGUAAUGUUCCAGGCAUAAUUGACAUUUUCCUUUUAAUCACUGAUGGUUGAUACUUCUCUGGCGCUUUUCUUUAGUUGUUCUUUUUUUUAUGAAAUUUUAUUCUGCGGACUUGCGCCGUUACGGAGCGCGCUGUUAUAAGUCGUACUCAACUGUGCGGACAUGUUCCCUAUAAGAUGUACUGUAUAUCUUGUUUCUCUCUGAACAAGUACCAUUUUCUUCAAAUCGUAUGCUAUCUGAACUUGCGGUUGAAUAACGCCGUUGGUAGCGUGGAAAUGAUAAUCCAGUACCUGACGGGAAUUUUCUCCGAACUCCAAUGUUUCCCUCUCCUUCGUGAUCGAAUAUGUAUCUUUACAAAAAUAUUUCGAUUGAAGCUGUAUUUUGGGUGACGCGCGACUUCAGUAAUAACUGGAAGUCCACUUUUUAAAUGAAUUUUCGUGGUGAAUUUCUUACAUUUUUUCGGAAAUGGUUGACGCCAGUUCGUUUUGCCUCCUUUGACAUUAAAAAUUGCGGUUGAAAAUC